AUGCACAUAUCUUCGAUUCUAUUGGUAGCAGCUGGUCUGCUCGCUCCUGUAUACUCCAACGCCAUUAUCUCCAUUAGGCGCCGUACUGAGGGCCUCAAUGUCAGCCUGUCCGCAACCGGGAAUAGCAAGGUCCAUGUUUCCGUGACGAACACUGGCACUUCAGAGACCCCUGUUCUUAUAGUGAACACACUCCUUGACAAAUCUCACACGAAGAAGGUCACAGUCUACAAAGAAGGCUCCGAAAAAGAAGUGCCCUUCAAAGGCAUUCAUAUCCGCCACUACCACUCCAGUCUAACCAGAGAUGCCUUCCAACCCAUUGCCCCUGGGCAAACCAUCGAAACCGAACUUGACCUCGCGGAAACCUUCGACCUCUCGGAAAACAGUACUUACAUUGUCUCUGCCGAGGGCAUCUUCCCUUUCAGCGAUGCCAAAUCCACACAUAUCGCCGGCAUCAUCCCGUAUAAGUCCAACGAAAUCAGAAUAAAGGUCAAUGACAAACAAUCAUCCAAGAUUCUUUCCGCCCGCGCCAAACACCACCAUUUAGCCCGUCGCGCCGACCUUGACAACGGCGGCUGUAACGACCAGCAAAAGGCCGUCAUCGCCCGCGCACUGAAAAGAGCCUCCAACAUCGCUACACAAGCUUCCAGUGCCGCUCAACACGGCGAUGCGCGACUAUUCGAGCAAUAUUUCCGCACGACAGACCGCACCAUCCGCAAACAGGUUUCUGACCGCUUCCGCGCCAUCGCCAACGAAGCCGAAAGCUCAAUUGCCGGAACAGUCAAGUACCAGUGCCAUGAUGCAAUGAACGUUUGCUCCCGUCCGGGCGCGAUCGCCUAUGCAGUCUCGGGAUCGAAUAUCGUUGUCAAUUGUCCAAUCUUCUAUUCGGCUGGUGUGUCAUCACAGGAGUGCGAUUCAGGGGACCAAGCGUUGACUGUCAUCCACGAGUUCUCUCAUAUCGACGCCGUAUACUAUCCCGCCACGACUGAUAUUGCCUACGGUGAAGACGCGUCGAUCGCGCUGGCGUCUGAUAUGGCGUUUCGGAAUGCCGAUAAUUAUAUCUUCUAUGCAAAUGCCAUAAGACAAAACUGUAGUCCCAGCUGA